GCAGCAACUACUAUGACGUUUUUUUGCAAAAUAUUGAAGUUACAUAAAUAAGUUUUGAAAUAUACUUAAAUUUUCAUAUUUUGGUAAAAAUAUACCAAAAAAUUAAGACGUAUAUUUAACCAUGUUGCGUUCUGCAGUUUGUCGUUUAAACAAUGCCCCCAAAUUAUUAGCAACGAAUGAUAUUAACUCAUUGUUGAAAGGUUCAAUGGGACCUGCAUUAAAUGUUGCUUUGGCAAAGAGAAACCAAACUAUGCCGGUUGUAAAUCCAGACAAUCCGUUACCUAAAAAGGGGUAUUCACCGUUUGGAACGCAACAAAAAAGUAGUGCAGAGUGGGCACUAGCUCGUUUAGAUGAUUUACUAAAUUGGGGCAGAAAAGGUUCAAUAUGGCCAUUAACAUUCGGAUUGGCUUGCUGUGCUGUAGAAAUGAUGCAUAUAGCUGCUCCAAGAUAUGAUAUGGAUCGAUAUGGUGUUGUAUUCAGAGCUUCCCCACGUCAAGCUGAUGUUAUAAUUGUUGCCGGAACAUUAACAAAUAAAAUGGCACCAGCCCUACGAAAAGUGUAUGAUCAAAUGCCGGAACCAAGAUGGGUUAUCUCAAUGGGAAGUUGCGCUAAUGGUGGAGGUUAUUAUCAUUAUUCAUAUUCUGUAGUAAGAGGUUGUGAUCGUAUAAUUCCUGUUGACAUUUAUGUCCCCGGUUGUCCACCAACAGCUGAAGCGUUAAUGUAUGGAGUAUUGCAAUUGCAGAAAAAAGUUAAAAGAAUGAGAACCUUACAAAUGUGGUAUAGGAAAUAAAUUAGUUGAAUCAAAUAUAUAAAUCGAAAAUGUUGACUUUCUUUUCCCAAUUAUUGGGUGAUACGAAAACCGAACAUGUUUAUUUAAUCAUAUUAAGUUUUCUCUUAUAAUAAAUAUGUACCUUAUCAAAUAUAA